AUGCAGAUCGCGGAUCUUAAGGACUUCCUUCUUUCACGCGGUGUGUCUCUCUCUCCUCGCGAUCACCACCGUCGGUAUUACCUUCAGAUUGCACUGGAUUUGCUAAGGACGAAUCGUGGUGAUCGAGAUGUUGGUUACGAUCCGACGGCGCCGGGUCCAUCUGUUGCUGUCGGUGAAUCAGGGAGAUGGUUUCAGGAGGAGCAGCAGCGGCAGCAGCAAAGCGAGCAACCGCAGCAUCGGCAGCAGCAGCAGCAGCAGCAGCAGCAGCAGCAGCAGAAUGAGCAGCAGCAUCGUCGGCACGUGCGGGAGCAGGAGCUAAGAGCCAUGAGCACGACUCAGCUGAAGCAGUGGCUUCUCGAGCAAGGCGUGGAUCUCUCCCCUCGAGAGCACAAGCGAGCCUACUACCUCCGGAUGGCUCUUCCGCUGCUCGCUUCCCUCGGCGCUCCCAUCUCCUUCGCCUCUCCGCAGCUCGCGUCACUGAACACGCUCUUCUCGCCUCCCAUGGGCUCGCCUGACACGCGCGCGCCAUUGAACACGCCCUUCACGCCUCCCUCGGGACCUGCUUAUGCUGAUAAGUUCGCUUCUGCUCCCUCGGGCGAGCCUCGGUACGCGGAGGGCACGGAGCGUCGUCCAAAGCAACAGGUCAAGGGGAAGUCGACCCCUCCCACAGCAGAGAGCGCGUGUGUUACAGCAGGGCAUAAGAGAGCGGCUGAAGCAGCAGCAGUAGCAGAAGCAGCAGCAGGAGCAACGGGAGGAGCAACACGAGGGGCUACAGUGGUGCCAACGCCUGGCGAAACGGCUGCGGAAUCCUGGGAAACACCUGAGGAAACACCUGAAGGAUGGGGAGUGAAGAGGGACCAGGAGAAGCGCAGCAGCCACAGAUGGUGGUGGUGGUGGGGCAGCUCGUUUAUGCAAGGGCGUCGGGGGAGGGAGGAAGAAGCAGGCGCUGGUCAUGAUAGGGAGGAGCACAUGCGUCAGCCUGGGCAACAGCAGCAAGAGCAGCAGCCGCAGCAGGGAAACCAGCAGCAGCAGUGGCAUCAUAAUCGGCAACAGCAGCAGCAGCAGCAGCAGCAGCAGCAGCAGUGGCAUCAGCAUCAUCAUCAGCAGCAGCAGCAGCAGGGAGAGGAGGAAUCAGACACCAGCUCCUUCGUCUCAGCUUCCGAUUUCCUCCAUCUCCCUUCUUAUGAACGCAGCAGGGGUAUCCAUCCAGAGGCGGGGCAGCACAGGCGUCAUGUGCGUGGAUCAGCAUGGGCAGGGAGUGAUGACGGAAGCGAUGGUGGAGAGGCAAGUGCAGGCGUCCCUCCCUCUCUUGGAAACGUUGCUGCUCCUCGCGCCUCACCCAUCCUACCGCGCCAGCUCCACUUUUGGGCGUCCCACCCUGCUCCCACUCCAGCUCCAUCACCUCCCCUGCCUGCUUCUCAACCAGAUUUCGCACAGAAGCUUGUCGAUGCACGAGAACCGUCAUCAGCACGAGGAGCAGCAGCAUCGUCAGCAGCAGGUCGGGAAAGAAGGGGUGUCCAAGGCUGGUUCAGCUGGUCAGAGCACCCAACUCGGGCAGGCAGGAAAGGGGAGGAGAGCAGACGGGCAAGGAACGCAAAGCAAAGGCGUGGUGCAUGGUCUUGGUCCGUGCAAAUGCUGCUGCUGCAGGCAGUGCAGCUGGUGGCAAUGGUGGGCGUGGCAGCAGGCGUGUACUCCUCCGCCUGGACGCUCAUUCAGUCCCUGGAGCACCGAUUGCUCCCCUUCUGCGACACCCAUGGCAACCGCCACCUGAAAAUAACAUCUGAGAAGCCUGAUUCUCUGUCAGCAUCGCCGUCGGUACUGCCGCAGCAACACGAGCCACUGUUUCUUUCCACGCUCGCGCGUCCACCCGCCAGGUCUCCUCCUCGUCAUUCUCCCCUGGAUACUCUUUUCCCGUCCUCUCCUCCUGCUGCAUCAGCCUCUGCUGUUCGCUGUCGUCCGUGCCCGGACCAUGCAGAAUGCUCCAAGGGAGUUGCCAAGUGCCGUCCCAGCUACAGCCCUGCGUCAGGCUACAACCGUCCCCGUUACAGCCGUGCUUCAGAUCGCAGCGGACUGGGUGCCACAGGUGAAGGUGGUGGGAUUUGCAGUGCUGGGGAUGAGAAGGCAUGCUGGUGGGUGAAUAUGGAAGGGGACUCGUUCCCGGGAAAAAGUGGGAGUGGGUAUGUGAGCGAGUGGGAGGUGAGAGAGGCUCUUGAUCUUCCCAUGGCCCCUGCCUCUGCCUUUCCCGUUCAGUCGUCCGCCUCGGGCAGUGCAUCACCCGCUGUUCCUGUCCCACCACUGGUGGAAGCUGCAGCAUCACCAGCAGGUUCGAUACUGGCUGGUUGGCAGCAGGAGCAGCAGCAGGAGCAGCAGGAUCAGCAACAACAGCAGCAGCAGGAGGGGGUGUCUCAGGAGGCAGAGUCAGGUUUGAUCAAGCAGGAGAGGGAUUUUCUCGUUGCACUGGUCGCCGACAGGGCCUUUGCCAGGGUUCAUUCAGGUGACACUUUACUCCGUCCAGGCAGGAGGGAGAAAACUUUCACCUGCCCGGAUGACCUGGCACAAGAGCUGGUAUCCAACAGCUGCUGGGCAUGGCAUGUGGCGGCUUCUCAUUGGCUGGACCUCCUCCUGGCUCUGCCCUGUGGGAUUCUGUUUGCUGUUGCUGGCUUGAUGAUCAAGAGGAGGAGGGAGUGGGAAGAGGCGUAG